AUGAAACAAAGCGACUUAAUCGAAAUUGAGGCCAAAGUUGCCCAAUUACUAAAAGAGGAAAGAAGUAAAGAAAGUCAACGUAAAGUUCUUUUAACCGAAAUUCAAGCUAGUAUUCAAGAUAGGAAGAGUUUAUUAGGCCGAUUGGAGGCAGAGAAAUCGGAAAGAGUAGAUAAGGUGAAGUUGAAAAUGGAUGCAAUAACUAGGGCUAAAGUUGUGGUUACUGAUAAGGAGAACCAGGAGAGAGAGAAAAAGAAGGCUGAAUUAAGAAAACAGUACGAACAGACUAUAGUUGGCGUAAAUACGAUUGAGUUAGUUUUGGCUCAGAAUAUGAAAAUGACUGUAGAUAAGAUAAUGGUUAUGAAAAAAGAGGCUGAAUUAUCUGGAUUUCAAAACUUAGCUAGUGCGAUUAAAGAGUACUUAAUAGAGAGAUUGGGAGAGUUUGUAUUGGAAGUUAAAUCAUUAGUAGGUGAAUUACGCGUAGAUAAGAUAAUUGGACUAGUAAAAGGACUAGCUCGGUCAUUAGGAGUAGUUGAGACGGUUUAUGAUGAUUUAGAGAGUCGGCGUGGGUUCUGGUUGGAUAUUUACUUUACUAAGUUGUACGAACAGUUUGGUCAUCAUUUCCUAGGGGAGUUUCAGACCAAUCGCCUGGAUAAACCAGAAUGGUACUUGGAGUACUUGUUGAACUCUUUAACCGAUCAUGAGAAGGUCUUUACUAUUCUAGCCCAAGUAGAUGAGAUGGAAGGUCAUGAAGAAGUAGUUGAUUUAGAGAGGGAAGAGAGUGGGAGUGAAAGUGAAAGUGAUGGUAAUGGAUUAAGUCGAGCUAGAACUUUCUACUUCCUGGGACUUAUUGAACGGAUGAUCAGAAAGAUAGUUUAUGAAAAGUUCUUGGAAACAGUCUUUAGUUCUUCUCGGCAACGGCGGCAGUUAAUUCUUCAUCAUGCUGAGGAGGUAGGUCGGUUUUAUCAAGUAUUAAAGACUCAGUAUGGGUAUACGGAACAGUUGACUUUACAGGCGGCUGAAUUGGGGCGACUGAUGGACUUAUUUAUUGGUGAGGCUGAGACUGAACUAGGCCGGAUUUUAACUAAGAAUCAUACGGAAUGGUCGGAUUCAUUACGUCAUCUAUUAAAGAAGGUCUUUUCUGAAUCGGUGGCUUUGCAUUGGGUAGUGCCUAAUGUACAUAAUAUAUUGAUAUCAGCUGUGGUGCGUAAGUACUUAUCUGGGGUAGGAGUCUUUUUGAACGCCUUUUCCUAUCACAAGCCGGAGGAAGAGGCUAUUCUGUUACUGUUUUUAGAGGAGGUAGUUUACUUAGAGGAAGAGUUACUGGAUAUGGAGAAUGAUUUAGGGGAGGCUAAUGGAGAAGUUACGGUCUUAGAAGUAUCAUUUGUAGCUGAGUUUAAGGAAGUAUUUAAGUCAUUAUUUAAUAGUUUGAUAGGAGAUAAGGUGGAGGGGUGUAUUAGGCCAUUGGCGAGGUAUAGGUUCUUUGAGGAGAAUGAGGCGGAAGAGAUUGUAGCUGAUUUAGGGGUGGUAGUUCGGGAUUUACUGGCGCCGAUAGAGAAUGAAGCGAUUUUGGCCGAGGUUAAAGAGACGAUUCAAGAGAGAUUGGAUGAGUACUUGGUUAGUUAUAUGAUUUUUGAUAAUAUUAGUGAUCUAUCUGAUCUGGAUAAAAUCAAAAACAUUCUUUCAGAUAUUCUUGAUUUGCUUAAAGAACAUGGUAUAGGGACGAGUUUACCUAAAUCCUGGCAGAAAUGUCAAGAGAUUACUGAUGAAAUUGCUGAGGAAGAGUAA